GGUGCCCCAGUUAGUUGCGCGCGAAGCUGGAAACUAGUGGGAGGGGUGAGCUGUUCUCUAACCGGAAGAAAGUGUGUAAAAAAGAAAAAGCGCCGAAAAUCAACCCAAAAACUCCUGAAACAAUCCCGAACCAUCCGCAGGAAUCAUGGCCGAUCCCAAGGACACACCAGACGAGCACGAGACCGGCACAGAUAACGUUGAUGAUGCGAACCAUGACCCACACUUUGAGCCCAUCGUGUGUCUGCCUGAGCGUGAAGUCAAAACUCUAGAGGAGGACGAGGAGGAGCUGUUCAAAAUGAGGGCAAAGCUGUACCGCUUUGCCAGUGAGAAUGACCCGCCGGAGUGGAAGGAACGUGGUACGGGGGACGUCAAGCUGCUGCGCCACAAAGAGAAAGGCUCCAUCCGCCUGCUGAUGAGGAGAGACCGCACACUUAAAAUCUGUGCCAACCAUCUCAUUAUGCCGCUGAUGGAGCUGAAGCCGAACGCAGGCAGUGACAGGGCCUGGGUGUGGAACACACAUGCUGACUUUGCAGACGAAGAACCUAAACCAGAGCUGCUGGCCAUCCGCUUCCUCAACGCAGAGAAUGCACAGAAGUUCAAGGUGAAGUUUGAUGAAUGCAAGGAGGAAGUCAGAAAAUCGCUCGAAGAAGGCAUAAACAAAGCCAACAAUGUGGCAGAGAAACUGGAGGAGCUGUCAAUCAAGGACAAAAAGAAGAAAGAGGAAGAGAAGGUGGAGAAAGAGAAGACUACAGAGGAGAAGACGACGGAGGAGGAGAAGAAGGAGGGCGAGGAGAAAUGAGCAUUGUUUUUUCUUCUUCUCCAUCCCCCCUGCAGCACUUCUUCUCUUUUCUACAACAGACUCUGAACACAACAUUCGGACACUUAGUCUCUUUAUUUUGUUUUUCUUUUUUUUCUUUUUUUUUUUUCCUUUCUUUUUUUUUUUUAAUUUGUCCAUCAGAGACCUCAACGUCAUUCUUAAUCCAUUCCUCUCUCUCACACCUACACACACCUACACUCUCUAUUGCACUUGUCUGCUUGUGUACGGAUCACCUGAUGGCCCUGACAGGGGCAGGGCUCGGCUCUGUCCCUCGUCAGGCUGUAAUUUUUUCUUUUCUGUGCUCGCUGCAGAGCGAGUGAGCAGGAAGUGAGUUUGACAGAAUGCUGGGAUUUCCGAGGGAGAACCCAGGAGGAGAGGGUUCCUGCCUGCGUGAAGGAUCAGAAGAGAUCUGUGAAGAACCCUGAGGCCUGGCGCUGCUCUGUCUGAUUAUAUACGAAUGGAGGAAAUAAAGAAGUUCACUCGA